UGCAUGCACAGCAGUAGGAAGGCAACUGACACACAGUGAUCAUCUCUGCUGCCUCCCUGGCUAAAUCUGCAUGGCGACUUAACACAGAGAUUACAUCUGCAUUAAGAGCACUGUGUUUCACCAGCAACUUUACAAGUAGAUUAGAGCCCGAUGCUCGCCUGGUGGUGGAUUAUUAGGAGGAUCAUUUCUCCAAAGCAGAAGAAGUGAUUAGACAUCAGCAUGCUGUGCGUUUCUGCAUAGCGCGAGAGUUUAUCAACCUCAGCUCUUCCAAUGAUCCAGUUUUUCAAGCAUUCAGUUGUGUCUUCACUGUGGUGCCUCAAGCUGAGCAGAUAGUGGUCUCCAAGGACUCCUCAACUACUUCAGCUUGUUUCAAUCUCCACUAUUCAUCAGCAAGAAUGAAUUUUAACAGAGAACAGCAACAAAUUAAUUAGUUGGAUGUCAGGUUAUCUGCAAAGUUUGGACAGGUGAAGGUGUGUGCAGUUUCAGAGGGAGAGGAGAACUUUGGAAAAGUCCCUCACGAGAGUGCUUAAGGAGAACCUGGAGACAUGUCCAAACCUUCACGUCUGGUCAAACCCUCCAAGCAGUCCCGAAAGGAACCUCCAGGGAACCGUUCACACAUGCUGGUCGUCGGGGAGAGGCUGAUGAGAGCUGGCAGUGAGGGCAACCUAGUGAGAUCCAGACCACCCCAGAAGACUUCUGCCACCGAUCCAGUGGGCUCAAAUCCAGAGCCAGCAAGAAGCAACCAGAGGCUGUGCUCCCAUGAGGAUGUGGACGGCCACAACAGAAAACAAAGCAGCGCAGAUGAGAGCGAGCAGUCAGAGUCUCGGUCCCCCCGCACCGUGCCAAGGAGACACACAGUAGGAGGGCCUCGUACUGCUGGGGACGUGAUCAUCAUGCAGUCCUACAACAUGGACCAUAAGAAAGAGGCCUUUCUUGAGCAUUUGAAACAGAAGUAUCCCCAUCACGCUUCUGUCAUCAUGGGGCACCAGGAGAGACUCAGAGACCAGAUCAGGAGUUCUGGGCACAGUGUAACCCCUCAGUCUGCUGUAGGGGAGCCAGGGGAGCAUCUCUCUUUGGCCUCCCUUGAGUCUUUGGAGGCCAUGUCAGAGACAGAAGCCCCCUCCGCCUUCACCCGAGGCAGCCGCUCCCGAGCGAGCCUCCCUGUGGUCAAGUCAACUAACCAGACCAAGGACAGGUCAUUAGGUUUCCUCUACCUGCAGUAUGGAGAAGAGACAAAACAGAUCCGAAUGCCCAACGAGGUGACCAGUGCAGACACCAUCAGGGCCCUGUUUGUCAGUGCCUUCCCUCAGCAUCUCACCAUGAAGACACUGGAGUCCCCCAGCGUGGCUAUAUACAUCAAAGAUGACAUCAGGAAUAUGUACUAUGAGUUGACUGAUGUCAGGAACAUCACUUCACAGUCUUGCCUGAAGGUGUAUCAUAAAGACCCAGCCCAGGCCUUCAAUCACAAUGCAAGAGCCAAUAAUGGAGAUAUUAGGAUCACAAGAGAGAGACUCUAUAGCAGCAGACAGCAGCCAGGAGGCCAAAGCCCAGUGCACACUCUGCCUCACAGUCCCAUACAUUCAGUACAGGGCUCCAUGUCUCCUCCUACACCUCGCUCCAUGCCCUCCUCCCCUUCCAGGAUCCCUUUUGGUCACUCUGUUGCCAUGCCCGGUGGCACCACCUUACCCAGGGACCGUCUGUCCAGCGUACCCCCCAGUCGCUCCAUCACACCCUGCCCCAGUGCCAUCCUGGAGCGACGGGACGUAAAACCAGAUGAGGAUCUGAGCAGCAAGAGCAUUCCUAUGUAUUCAGAAGCAUAUAGUUCGCCUGAGGCCAGACACAGCCUCGCCUCAUCACAAGGCAGCCAUAGUGGAGACAUCCCAGAUGGGGCGGCAUACAUCCAGCACCGCUCCUCUGUCAAGCCUGUCGGCGCAUAUGCCGAUGGCCAGGACCUGCAGCACUCCCUCUACAGACAGAAAUCACGCAAGUACAGCGAGAGUCAGCUCGCCUCGAUGGGCUCCAAAACUCCACCUGCUUCCCCUCACAGGGUCAGUGAGGUCAGAAUGAUUGACAUGCUCCCAGGCCAGAACUCCCCCAUGCCCUCACAGGGUGUGGCAGUGGAAAGGGCAUCACCUGUUAGAAGAUCUAUCCGCAAGGACAGUAAUGGAGCCAUGGAGGUGGCGACCAGGGUGAGAGGCAACGUGGCCUCCCCUGUUUUUGCCGACCUUCCGCCCAGUCAUGGAGAGAGGGCGUACGUGGCUGCUGGAGAUCCUCAGAGUGAAAGAAUAAAAGCUAUGGAGCAGCAGAUAGCCAGUCUUACUGGUCUUGUUCAACAUGCUCUGAUGAAAGGGCCAAAUACAAGUGCCAAAGAGACUUCCAGUGACAAACCAGUAAAAGUGGGUUCUCUGGCACAUAAUGAUGGUGUCUGUACUGUAACAUCAUCUAAGGACCCAGCUGUAGACAGUCCUUCAGCACAGGUUCAGCUUCCUGUCAGAGACCCUGCUAUAUGCUCAAUCCUCUCCACCUUCAAGAGAAACGUCUCUGACCUCAGACUGCAGCUCCACCAACUCAAACAGAUGCAGCUACAAAGCCAGGAUGCCAUGAGGCUGAUGCUGCGACAGGCAGAGCAGGAGAUCUCCGAGAAGGCUUCAGGAACUGUGCUGCACCUCGAGGACCCUGUUCAUAGACAAAGAGUCCAGGUGGAAGAAGAAAGACACAGAUAUCUGGGCAUGGAGGAGCAUGUUGUCGUGCAGCUCGGAGAGCUGGAGAACUAUGUGGAGAUGCUCAAGAAAGAAUCCACGUCUGCCAUGAGCCUUCGGCCAGUCACUCUGAAGGAUGUGGAGGAAGGGGCGGUCAACUUACGGAAAGUAGGAGAAGCUUUGGCCACACUCAAAGGAGAGUUCCCAGCCCUGCAGAUGAAAAUGCGUGGCGUGUUGCGGGUGGAGGUGGAGGCAGUGCGCUUCCUGAAGGAGGAGCCUCACAAAAUGGACAGCAUGCUGAAGAGAGUCAAAGCUCUGACCGACACUCUCAGUGGACUGAGAAGAUAUGCCACCGAGAGCCACACAACUUCUGACCCAGUCCAAGUGAAGGCAUUGCCUACCGAUUCAGUUUCCUCUGUGGAGGAGUACAGAUCUCCAAAACCUGUUUGUGAGUCCCCCACUCCACAACCAAGAUCACCUGCCAAAGUCAACUGCUCGGAGCCCGUGCCAUCUUCUCCUGUAACUCUGCACCGCAUUCAGACUGCUCCUAUCAGCACACACCACCCCAGUCCCCCCCUCACACCCACCCAUGGCAGGGACUCCCCUACUGUGGCGAAGAUAAGUCCCAGAAGCAGAGAAAACAGCCCUGCCCUGCAAAAGAGAGCAGCUCCGCAGGGCCAGGAAGCCGUGCUAAUAACCUCUGCCAUCAGCACAACUGGAUCCUCCUCACCUCCACUUCAAGCGGAGGAGAUCGCUGUAAACAGGCCCAUGCCUGAAGAGGUUUCAAAACGGGCAGUAGCAGAGGACACGGUUCACUCUGCUGGACCAGAAGCGGAAAAGGAAAUGGAAAGGAUCCUCCAGCAGACCCAGGCCAGCCUUAUGAAGGCCAUACCUGACCUGGAGGUGAGCAGCCAGGUGGACAGCGCCAUCUCGCAGACACCCAUCUUGCCGGAUGAGGUGGACUCUCCACUUCCUGUGUCUCCACUCCCUGAAGCCGCACCACAGGAUGGACCCAUAGCAGAAAAACCAGUCCAGACCAGUUUGGAGAGGCCACAGAAGCCAACCAUAGGAAAGCCCCACAGGGCCAGUGUUGAUAGAGUGAAGCCCAACCCUGAGAUAACCAGCAAAUCACCUCCCCCUCCCCCUCCACGCAGAUUCUACCCCUCUGGAACUGGACUCACCACUGGACGGUCAGGAGAGGUUAUCUACACCACUCGGAAAGAGUCCACUAGUGCUCAGGAGGAUGAAGAGGAGGCCCCGCAGCCCAAACCCUUGCGUGUGCCCCCAGAGGUCAAGCCCAAGCCCCGCACCCCUCCUGUCAACACCUCCACCUUACAAGAUGAAGAGGAUGAAGGAGAUAAGAUCAUGGCUGAGCUACAGGUUUUUCAGAAGUGCACUAUUAAAGAUUUACAGCCCAGAUACAUUGUCAAUCUCACAACCCGUGAGUCCUCAGACCGUGAGAUGGAGCCAGGGCUUUCCCUAUCUUACCACACAAAGACCACUACUCAUCUAUCUGAAGAAGGAGCACUCUCUGAAAGUAGGGAGAAUAGUGCAUCACCUGGUUCACCUGGGGUCAUGUAUUAUAUCACCGGAACUUCAAAGACAUAUGAGGGCCCCUAUAGGCCAGAUGACCUAAAGGAGCCCAAGGAAGCUACAUUUUCUACUUCAAAGGUUGCACCUGUGAAUGCUUCUGACCUUUCCCAGCAGCAAAAAUUGUUAAUAUCAGAUGACUUAUCUGUAAUUUCACUUCAGUCAAAACAAUCAGUCAAAGAGGUCCAAAGCAAGCUAAACAAUAUUCAUCAGGUGUCAUCUGGUUACUCUUUAACGAACAGCCCUGAAGUUGGAAAAGAGCUUAAGACUGAAUCGGUUCUAAAGUCCCUAAAGCAGGUAGUUCCCCCACCCUCUGAGAAAGUUUCACCUGUUGAGAAGUUAGAGCAGCAGAUACUACAUUCGUCCUCUGAGCUAGUCGCACCUGUUCUGGAUAAGUCAAUAAAGCAUGGAUGUCGCUCAACCACUGUUCAAGUUACACUUGUUAGUAAAAGUCCUCAGAGUGCUGAACCUCAAAAUCUCUCACCGAUCCAUCAGCCAAACACUGAUGCCUCAUGUUCAACACAGCUGAAUGACCAUGAGAAUGGGCAGGAAGUGACAAAGAGAUCAUCUAGAGGUCCAGUCAGAUAUACUGAGGAGGCCAGUCUAAGUCCAGACCUCCCAGGAGAAGAAGGUCCUCCUCCACCAAAUAACAUUGCCUUUAGGAUAACUAAAAACAAGGUACAGGCUCUGUCGACAGGAGAAUACCAACAGCUGGUAAACAGCAAGGGAACGGAUGUCCAGACUCUUAAAGUGGGCUCAGAACCAACCGUAUCUGCCCCAGAGGACUCUGGAUACGACAAGAAGCCGGUUAUCAUAAUUUUUGACGAGCCGAUGGAUAUCUGUCAGGCCUACAAGCGACUGUCCACCAUUUUUGAGUGUGAAGAAGAGCUGGAGAGGGUGCUGUCUGAGGAGAGGAUCGACGAAGAGAAUGAGGAGGAGGCGGAAGCGGAAGCGGAAGCCAACUCGAGUGAGGUUGGUCAGAUAACACCUAAAAAUAAUGUAGAUCAGUGCAGAACUGAGAACACGGUGAACAGUCAGAGAAGUAGUAGCUCUGCAGUGCCUCUACAACAGCAGAGUUCCUUCGAGAGUUCUGCUCUUGACGUUGAGGAAGGAGACAAGACAGAAUCUUCUAAAGAUGUGAAAAAGAAAUUCAAGUUUAAGUUCCCCAAGAAGCAGCUUGUAGCUAUUGGCCAGGCUCUUCGUACGGGGACAAAAACUGGCAAAAAGACACUGCAGGUCGUUGUCUACGAGGAUGAAAUGGAACCAGAUGGAACUGUGACUGAGCUCAAAGAAGCUAAAAGAUUUGAGAUUAAGGCCCACGCAGACUCUGAUUCUACCACCCUAAGCUCUUUAUCACAAAACCAGACUGGUACAUCACAGAGCACCAAAGACAGAACCAAGGAACUCCGUAAGACUACGUAUGAAACGUUAGACAGCCUUGAGCAGACCAUUAAGCAGCUAGAAAGUACCAUAAGUGGCAUUGGGCCUACAGUGGUUUCCGAAGUCUCCCGCAAGGAAGAGUUGAAAGCAAAGAGAACUGCCAGUCAUGCAGAACCGGAGGAGGGAAGUCCCAUAAAAAAGCCGGCACCAUUGAAGCCCAAACCCCUGAAGUCGUCACUGCAAAAGAGACCCAAAACACAGUCUCGAUCCUCCUCAAGCACGUCCACCUCCUCCAGUUCCUCCAACAGUAAACAGAAUUCUGGUGACUCUCCUGCUUCGAGUCGGAUUUCCUCUCCCAAGUCCCGCCAGCAGCCAGGGAGUGUGGAAAAACCCGGAAAGCCCCAAAAGCUCCAGGACUCCCAGAGGCAAUUCCGACAGGCUAACGGGAGUGCUAUGAAAGCUGGUGGGAAUAGUAAACAUGCUUUCCUUGCUUUGCCUGCUUCUAAGAUCCCAGCUUUUAUACCUAGCUCAUGGAAACCUAGCUCAACCCAUGCUCCUUGUUCAAAUACUUCUAGGCUUACUAACCAAACCUCUUCCUCUUCUUCCAAGUCCUCAAUCCCAUGUCUCAGUCUGAGCUGGCCCAGCUGUAGACCCGUCUCGCCCUCACAGUCUCGCGGGCCUUCUCAGUGUUCUGAAGGACAAAACCUAACCCUUCCUCCGCAGACUCAAAAUGGCCAGUCCUGCUCCUAUUCCUACUCAUCCUCAUCCAGCUCCUACUCUUCCUCCUCCUCCUCUGUCUCUCCGAACUCUACUUCCUCCUCUUCAUCCCCUCCCUCUCCCUCCCUCCUGUCUCCCACUGCCAUGUGCCGGCGAAGUCGAGCUGUACACAUGUCCAACUUCUGCAACCGCAGGUCUCUGAAGGCCAGCAGUGGCCAAGCCGUUAUCACACCAGCAUCCUUUAUCGGGGACAUGACAUGAGCUGUCCAUUUCUCUCUUUUGCUCUUUCUGUUUGCACUCAUUCAGGUGGGAUUUAAGGUGUUCUUCUGCAGGCCAUGUACUAAAACAAUGAUUUAGUUAUGCCGUGUAUUUGGGGUGCAUGUUAUUGUCGUUGUGCAUUUCCUCUGAAAUCCAGAAGUAGUUCAGAAUCUAGAGCCACAUAUGGUGCUUCUGAAUAAUGAACUUUGUUUUGGUUUAUGUGAGGGAUUAAACUUGACAGUGUUGGCUUUAUAUUUUAUAGACGUGCAUUUGUUUACUCACAUGAACUAUAUAAAACAUACAUUGCUAUUUUAUGGAAAGAAAAUUGAAUACAUGAUAUUUUCAUGUUUUUAGUUUUAAUUAGCCAUAUAUGGUGCGGGUCCAAAUGUCUGAAAGCACAAUGAUUAUUUUUUAACUGUCUAUAUAUAUACCAAAAAUAAGGAAUAUAUAUGAUUCUGCUCUACUUCUAGGUCACUUGUCAAAGAAGCUAAUUUGUAUGUUUACAAAUGAUCAGAUGUUUUAGAUGCUUAUUGGAUCAUCUCAAAUAAUGCUAGACAUGUUUUACACAAACCUAAAUUAUGUUGAUAAUAUAAUUUUAGAUGAUAACAUUGUAUUAAAUAUUAAAAAUGCAAAACAGAAGCAAUUUCACUAGAAGUGUCAGACUUUUGGAGCCCAAUGUAUGUCUCUAAGAAUUGGUUUAACAAGUCUGUGGUGAUUGAUUUGACAGUUUGAAAGAGAUUUAACCAAAUUUAAUCAGUGCACUGCCAGUUUUAACUAACAAUAUGCAGUUCAUAGUGAAUUUUUCAUUAAAAAAAAGUGUUGUUCAUUUAAAGAUUAAAAAACAAGUGUAUAUAGUGUGAGUGGAUGUUAUACAACCAUUUUGGUGUUUCUGUAGCCUAGCUUUGUGUUACACCAUUCUUGUACUCCUUUUAAAAAGCUCGUGACAAAUGCCAAAAUAACAGUGAUUUACAUACUGAAACAUUAAAUAUUAGACUCAAAAAUACUGGCUAUGAAUAAUUGCCAAAUUUUACUCCUAUGCAUGCUUUUCAGAUGUUUAACCAUGGAUGAUGCAAAGGUAAAUGCUGUAAAUAUUACCUAUGAUUUUGUAAUACUGUAUAAAUUGUACAAAAAAAAAAAAAUUGUUUGGAAAAAAAUGCUUGCCACAGAUGAUUAUCGAAUAAAGGGCUUCCAGUGUAUUGUCA